GGAGACCAGCGUCAGCAUCCUUUGGUUGUGCCCAGUACUCAGAAAUACAGUCUGUCCUGCCCAGGUCCUCUGCGAAGAAGCUGACGUGGACUUCAGAGGAAAACAGCUGUUCCCAGCAUGCAUCAGGACUAACACCAUUCCAAAUCAUUUUUGAGGUUGAUGAAGAGCCCAGAACACUGAUAAGAGAUUGUCUAAUUAUAAAACAUUUUAUACGCAAAGUCAUUGUGGUGCAUCCUAAGAUAAGAUUUAAUUUCAGUGUAGAGGUAAAUGGAGUCCUGUCAAGAGAUGUCUUCGGGGUAGAGAAGGAACCCACUUUGAACCUGUCAAAUGGAAUUGCUCUUGUCGUAAACUGUCGGCGUUAUAUGAGAUCAAACUUUGGUACGACUGAAGCGCACUGCGACAGGAUCCACCCUGUGCUCGGGCAUCCUGUAACACUUGUAAUCCCUGAUGACGUGGCUGGCAUGGACUUGCUGGGAGAACUGACGCUGACCCCAGCUGCUGCUCUGUGUCCCAGCCAAAAAGUCUUUUCCAACCAGCUCAGCAGAAUUUCUUCAGCUUCCAUAUCCUUUUGAUGAUAAACUCCAACCUAGUUGUCUUUGAAAAUUACUUUUGUAUCCCAAUUUGAAAGACAUUUUUAGUAUAUGUGUUCAGUGUCUUGAAACAUGUAAUUUGUGUAAAACAUAAAAUCAAAUACGAAAGCCAAACUUGAAAAUUUUUUCAGCAAACCAAAAGCUAUGAAAUAUGACCUAUGUAUCAUGCAUUUUUCAUAUAAUCCAGCAUGACUAAGAGUGGAAUGGAUGGUUCAGGAGAGGAGAAAGCCUGGGAAUGUGGUUUGGAGUGGAACUUGGCUUGUCUUGAGUGUCACACUAAGAAGUGUGAACUUACUCUCUGUAUAGUGGGAAACCCCUGCACGCUGGAAGGAGUCUGGCAGCACCACAAAGGGGAGACCAGGAGGCCAGUGAUUCCUGAGUAAGUCAGUCAGUGACUGGGCUAGGAGGCGAUGUGGGGCUUGUCACUGGAAGAAAUCAACCAACUGAGGUAACGAAAUCAUUACUGGAGUAGGGAGAGAUUAGGGGCAAGGAAUGGCCAAGUCUGAUGGCAGAAUUUCUAUGUCCAGAAUAGACCUAUAGAGAAAUUGAUUGAUGAGGAAAGGGGUCUUCUUUUAGGAACAUGGGAAAUGCUCUAAAAUUGAUAGUGGUGAUGGUUUCAAAGCUCGUUGAAUAAACUAAGCCCAUUUUUUUUAAAAAAAUCAUUUAUUUAUUUGAAAGAGUUACAGAGAAGCAGAGGCAGAGAGAGAGAGAGAGAGGUCUUCCAAUCUGCUAGUUCACUCCCCAAAUGGCUGCAAUGGCUGGAGCUAGACCAGUUCGAAGCCAGGAGCUUCUUCCUGGUCUUUUACGUGGGUGCAGGGGCCAAGGAGUUGGGCCGUCUUCUACUGCUUUCCCAGGCAGUAUCAGAGCUGGAUUUGAAGUGGAGCUGCUGAGACUUGAACUGGCGCCCAUAUGGGAUGUUGGCACUGCAGGCAGUGGCUUUACCCACUACAUCACAGUGCUGGCCCCUAAAGCCCAUUUAAUUAUACAUUUAAAGUGGGUGAAUUGCAUAGUCUUUGAAUUAUAUCUCAAUAAAACUGGUUUAAAAAGAUUUCCAUGGAUGACUGAUAGAAUAAUGAAACUGUCAGCAAAAUGCAAAGUAUCAGUAGCAGAUCUGGGGAGAUGUGUAAAGCAAGUGAGAUUGGUUUUAGACAUGCUAAGUGCAUGGCGCCUGCAGGACAUACUUUGAAGAGGGCAAGCAGCCAUAUAGAAAUGUUAGUGUGCAAUUUGGAAGUGGUCAGAUUUAACGAUACAGAUUUAUAGUCUGCUUUCUCCACAGGUAAUUGUAGUAGGAAUGCAAAUCCCAGACUCACCAUUACUUAGCUGUAUGAUUAUAGGCAGCUUACUUAACCAGCCUACACUGUUACUUCCUCAGCUUUAAAAUGGAGAUAAUAGUAACUGCCUCAUAGAUUGGUUUAUCUUCCCUUGCAAAAGUUUUCUGUUGUUCUUUUGGGAUUUGUUUUUUAAAACAUAACUGUAAUAUUCCACAUGCAGCUGCUAGUAUACGUCCUGACACAUAAGUGACCAGUCAGUAGUAGUCAUUACUGCUCUCUAUUGAAGUGGUAGGAAUAAAUGAAGCUGAACAGACUCAUAGAAUGGCAGAUGUCCUAAAUAGCACUCUGGCCUCAGAAUCAGCCCUAAAGGCACUCGGAUCUGGCUGAAAAGCCCAUGAGAGUAUUUCAGGCAUGGAAAGCCAAGACACUCUGGCAAAAAGAUCUCUGUGAGUGAGAUCCCAGUGGAAAGAACAGGUCUUCAAAGAGGGAGGUGCCUUUCUCUGAAGGGAGGAGAGAACCUCCACUUUGACUAUGACCUUGUCUAAACAAGAUAAGAGUCGGAGAACUCAAGGGGCUUCCAUAGCCUUGGAAACUCAUGACUGGUGCAUAGGGAGAUUACUGAUGCCAUAAACAGGAGUGUCAAUUUGUAAAGUCAACAACAGGAGUCACUGUGCACUUACUCCUCAUGUAGGAUCUCUGUCCUUAAUGUGCUGUACACUGAGGCUUAAUGCUAUAACGAGUACUCAAACAGUAUAUUUCACUUUGUGUUUCUAUGGGGGUGCAAACUGUUGAAAUCUUUACUUAAUGUACACUAAACUGAUCUUCUGUUAAAAAAAAAAAAAAAAAGAAAAGAAACUAUCAAUUCCCAACUUGACUCUCACUGGGAUUAAACAUGACAAUAGGUCUGA